CGUCCGCUCCGCCGCGAGGACACUCACUGACAACCUAUACAUCUUCGCGCCUCCCGCGCUCCCCUGCUCGCUCGCUUCCUUCCUUCUUCCCUUUCUUCCUUUCCUUCCCCUGUUUUCUUCUGGAGAGAGGGAGGGGAGAGCCAAGAACAAGACAGCCAUCCACCACCGGGUUUUUGUUUACAGAUUCUACCUGUAGAUUAUUUUACUGACUGACUCAGCUCAUCCCCUCCAUCGAUCCCUGUAAAUUAAUCGCCCAUGUCGUCGUCUCUAGUGUCCACCCCCUUCGCCGGGGCGGCGGCGGCGCAGAAGAGGCUCCUCCCGGCGCCCGUGCCGCCGCUGCACUCCUUCCUGCUCAGCAGCGCCCGCCGCCAGCCAGCCGGCGCCCGCCGCGCCGCCUCCACCAUCCGGUGCGCGGUCGCCGGCGGCAACGGCCUCUUCACGCAGACCAAGCCCGAGGUGCGCCGCGUGGUCCCGGGCCCCGACCCCCCGCGCGGCGGCGGCCCGCCGCUGCCCCGCGUCAAGGUCGUCUACGUCGUCCUCGAGGCGCAGUACCAGUCCUCCGUCACCGCCGCCGUGCAGCAGCUCAACGCCGACCCGCGCCGCGCCGCCGCGUUCGAGGUCGUCGGCUACCUCGUCGAGGAGCUCCGCGACGAGGACACCUACCGCACCUUCCGCGCCGACCUCGCCGACGCCAACAUCUUCAUCGGCUCACUCAUCUUCGUCGAGGAGCUCGCGAUCAAGGUCCGGGACGCCGUCCAGGAGGUGCGCGACCGGAUGGACGCCGUCCUCGUCUUCCCCUCCAUGCCCGAGGUCAUGCGCCUCAACAAGCUCGGGUCCUUCAGCAUGUCGCAGCUCGGGCAGUCCAAGAGCCCCUUCUUCCAGCUCUUCAAGCGCAACAAGGCCAACUCCGGCAACUUCGCCGACAGCAUGCUCAAGCUCGUGCGCACGCUGCCAAAGGUGCUCAAGUACCUGCCCUCCGACAAGGCGCAGGACGCCCGGCUCUACAUCCUCAGCCUCCAGUUCUGGCUCGGGGGCUCGCCGGACAACCUCCAGAACUUCCUCAAGAUGAUCGCGGGGUCCUACGUGCCCGCGCUCAGGGGCGCCGGCAUCAAGUACGACGACCCCGUGCUCUACCUCGACGCCGGCAUCUGGCACCCGCUCGCGCCCACCAUGUACGAGGACGUCAAGGAGUACCUCAACUGGUACGGCACGCGCCGCGACGCCAACGACAGGCUCAAGGACCCCAACGCGCCCGUCAUCGGCCUCGUCCUCCAGAGGAGCCACAUCGUCACCGGCGACGACGGCCACUACGUCGCCGUCAUCAUGGAGCUCGAGGCCAAGGGCGCCAGGGUCAUACCCAUCUUCGCCGGCGGGCUCGACUUCUCCGGACCCACGCAGCGGUACCUGGUCGACCCGGUCACCGGCAAGCCGUUCGUCAACGCCGUCGUCUCGCUCACCGGGUUCGCGCUCGUCGGAGGGCCGGCCAGGCAGGACCACCCAAAGGCCAUCGCCGCGCUGCAGAAGCUCGACGUGCCCUACAUUGUCGCUCUGCCCCUCGUGUUCCAGACCACGGAGGAGUGGCUCAACAGCACACUGGGGCUUCACCCCAUCCAGGUCGCGCUGCAGGUCGCGCUACCGGAGCUCGAUGGAGGGAUGGAGCCCAUCGUCUUCGCCGGAAGGGACCCAAGGACAGGGAAAUCACAUGCAUUGCACAAGAGGGUGGAGCAGCUCUGCACCAGAGCAAUCAGGUGGGCUGAACUCAAGAGGAAAACUAAGGAGGAGAAGAAACUGGCAAUCACUGUUUUCAGCUUCCCACCAGACAAGGGCAACGUUGGCACCGCAGCAUAUCUGAAUGUGUUCAACUCCAUCUACUCUGUCCUCUCAAACCUCAAGAAGGACGGCUACAAUGUUGAGGGUCUUCCAGACACACCUGAAGCUCUCAUCGAGGAGGUGAUCCAUGACAAGGAGGCCCAGUUCAACAGUCCCAACCUCAAUGUCGCCUACCGCAUGAAUGUGCGGGAGUACCAGUCUCUCACUUCCUAUGCCUCCUUGCUGGAGGAGAACUGGGGCAAGCCACCUGGGCACCUCAACUCUGACGGUGAAAACCUCCUUGUCUAUGGGAAGCAGUAUGGCAAUAUCUUCAUUGGUGUGCAGCCCACUUUUGGGUAUGAAGGUGAUCCGAUGCGGCUUCUGUUCUCAAAGUCUGCCAGCCCUCACCAUGGCUUUGCAGCAUACUACAGCUUCGUUGAGAAGAUCUUCCAGGCAGAUGCUGUUCUGCACUUCGGCACACACGGAUCCCUUGAGUUCAUGCCGGGCAAACAGGUUGGCAUGAGUGACACGUGCUACCCUGACAGUCUCAUUGGCAACAUCCCCAACAUCUACUACUAUGCAGCAAACAACCCAUCAGAGGCCACCGUCGCCAAGCGCCGGAGCUAUGCAAACACCAUCAGCUACCUGACACCACCGGCUGAGAAUGCCGGUCUCUACAAGGGGCUCAAGCAGCUGUCAGAGCUCAUCUCCUCUUACCAGUCCCUCAAGGACACGGGGCGUGGUCCUCAGAUUGUGAGCUCAAUCAUCAGCACUGCAAAACAGUGUAACCUUGACAAGGAUGUCCCGUUGCCCGAGGAAGGCGAGGAGCUCCCACCAAAGGAGCGUGACCUCAUUGUUGGGAAGGUGUAUGCGAAGAUCAUGGAGAUUGAAUCGCGGCUCCUGCCGUGUGGUCUGCAUGUCAUCGGUGAGCCGCCAAGUGCCAUCGAGGCUGUGGCCACAUUGGUGAACAUUGCUGCCCUUGACCGCCCAGAGGAUGGCAUUAGCUCACUGCCCGGCAUACUUGCUGCAACAGUGGGCAGGGACAUUGAAGAUGUGUACAGGGGAAGUGACAAGGGCAUACUGGCUGAUGUUGAGCUUCUGAGGCAGAUAACUGAAGCUUCACGUGGUGCCAUCACUGCCUUUGUUGAGAAGACCACAAACAGCAAAGGGCAAGUCGUCAAUGUCACUAACAAUCUCAGUUCCAUUCUUGGGUUUGGUCUCUCAGAACCAUGGGUGCAGUACCUGUCCACGACCAAGUUCAUCAGAGCAGACAGAGAGAAGCUGAGGGUCUUGUUUGGAUUCUUGGGGGAGUGCUUGAAACUCGUUGUGCAGGACAAUGAGCUUGGCAGCUUGAAGCUUGCCCUUGAGGGAAGCUAUGUUGAGCCUGGCCCUGGUGGUGAUCCGAUCCGUAACCCAAAGGUUCUCCCAACAGGGAAGAACAUCCAUGCUCUUGACCCACAGGCGAUCCCAACUGCAGCUGCCCUGAAGAGUGCCAAGAUUGUUGUUGACCGUCUGCUGGAGAGGCAGAAGGCUGACAACGGUGGCAAGUAUCCUGAAACAGUUGCACUUGUCUUGUGGGGCACCGACAACAUCAAGACCUACGGUGAGUCAUUGGCCCAGGUGCUGUGGAUGAUUGGUGUCCGGCCAGUGGCUGACACCUUUGGCCGUGUCAACCGUGUGGAGCCUGUCAGCCUUGAGGAGCUUGGACGUCCGAGGAUUGAUGUCGUCGUCAACUGCUCCGGUGUCUUCAGGGAUCUUUUCAUCAACCAGAUGAACCUGUUGGACCGGGCAGUGAAGAUGGUCGCUGAACUGGAUGAGCCAGUAGAGAUGAACUAUGUGCGCAAGCAUGCCCAGGAGCAGGCAGAGGAACUGGGUGUCUCGCUAAGAGAGGCAGCAACAAGGGUGUUCUCAAACGCAUCCGGCUCCUACUCGUCGAAUGUGAACUUGGCAGUGGAGAAUGCAUCAUGGACCGACGAGAAGCAGCUCCAGGACAUGUACCUGAGCCGAAAGUCCUUCGCAUUCGACAGCGAUGCUCCAGGGGCAGGCAUGAAGGAGAAGCGCAAGGCGUUCGAGCUUGCCCUGGCAACCGCAGAUGCCACGUUCCAGAACCUCGACUCGUCGGAGAUCUCACUCACAGACGUGAGCCACUACUUCGACUCCGACCCAACAAAGCUGGUGCAAGGGCUGCGGAAGGAUGGCCGGGCACCUUCCUCGUACAUAGCAGACACAACCACAGCAAAUGCGCAGGUGAGAACACUGUCCGAGACGGUGCGUCUUGAUGCAAGGACAAAGCUGCUGAACCCCAAGUGGUAUGAGGGGAUGAUGAAGAGUGGGUACGAGGGAGUUAGGGAGAUCGAGAAGCGGCUCACAAACACUGUUGGGUGGAGCGCAACAUCCGGGCAAGUGGACAACUGGGUUUACGAGGAGGCGAAUUCCACGUUCAUUGAAGAUGAGGCGAUGAGGAAGAGGCUCAUGGACACCAACCCCAACUCAUUCAGGAAGCUGGUCCAGACCUUCCUAGAAGCCAGCGGCAGAGGCUACUGGGAGACAUCAGAGGAGAACUUGGAGAGGCUCCGGGAGCUCUACUCGGAGGUUGAAGACAAGAUCGAGGGAAUUGACCGGUAAAUUGAUUUGACCGAUGGAUCGGCUCCAGCAUUCGGGCAAGGAGAAGCUCGGAGCUCUUCUGUCUCACUGGGUUGAGACACUUGUACAAUGUGUGCUUUAUAUAAAGUUGUAACCUGUAAUAAUAAUACAGGAGGAUACAAUAUUUAACAAAGAGGGUGGCUGUGAUUGGAAAAAAAAAGAAGCAUGAGUCGAAGAAAUGAAGUUGUUUUGUGUAGAGUUUUCUUUUA